UGUCGGUCAGGUGCUCGGGGCCGGCGGCCUCGGCGGGGCUGCGUCGCGGGCAGAGCGGGCGGCGGCCGAGCGGCGGCGGAGGAGCCGGAAGGCAGCCUCUGCGGUGCCCUUGGAGUCUGAAGGAGGGGCUUCCUUGACAGCUUUCUCCUUGCCCUUGGCAUCUGCUGGGAGAACCAGGAUGAGCACCUUCUCCACUGGGCUGACCUCCAUCAAGGCAGAAGCUGCAGCCGGGACCUCACAAGACGAAGAACGGGCCCCCGGGGCCCUCAGCUGCCAGACCCAUCAGUGCAGCCAUGGGACCUCAACCCUCCAUCCUCCCCAGCCCUCCAGUCUCUGGAGGCGGAUGGUGCUGGUGGAUGUCCCCCCCCUCCAUGGCAGACAAUGUCGGCCACUAACAACAUCGCCCAGGCCAGGAAGCUGGUGGAGCAGCUGCGGAUUGAGGCCGGAAUGGAGAGGAUCAAGGUCUCCAAAGCCUCCCUGGAGCUGAUGAAUUACUGCGAGCAGCAGGCCAGGAACGAUCCCCUGCUUGUUGGCGUCCCCACCUCGGAGAACCCCUUCAAGGACAAGAAGCCGUGCACCCUCCUAUAGCCAGGCGCACCCCCCACCCAUCCCCAGGCUGGGCGCAUCCCCCAGCCCUGAUCUCCACCCAGCACAAGGGGGGGGGAACCGGGCCUCGCCCUGCCCUUUGUCCUGUCCGGCAGAUGACCGAAUUCCGAGCCCGGGAGUCAGGAGGGCGCAAGGCCAGGAUUGAGGGGCCGUCCUGGGAUGGGGACCGCUUAGGAAGCUGGUCUGUCCAGCACUGAGGAUGCCCCUCGGGUGGAGACCUGGACCACGUCAGGCAGGCAAAGACCGCUGCCAGAGGCCCUUCCUGCAGUUGCCCGUCCUGGACUGUUGAGGAGUGGGCUUCCCAAGCAGAAAUGCCUUCUCUUUCUCACAUCGACUUCUCCUUUGGGGUGCUCUCCAUCAUACCCACCACCUCCGCGAUUGUCAUGUAGAGUUUCCUCCCACCCUCCCUCCCCCCCCAGUGCCCCCCCCGCCCCUUGGGCUCCCCAGGGACACUUGCAGGCAGUGCUUCCUCCAGGCCAGGUGGGGUGAGGAGGGCUUCUUCUGUGGACCCUCCUGCCGAGUGCCACAGACCCUACUGGUGCCAAAGCUGGGGAGGGCUGUGCCCUGGCUGGUUGCACCCGUCCCGGCUCUCCCCGAGAGAGGAACCAGUGGCCAAAGAGCAGAAUGGAGGACGAAGGUCCCUGGAGAGUCCUGGGGAUGCCAGCAGGUUGGAUGAGGGAAUAGGAGUGCUGGGGGGGGGCACUGUGUCAGCUUCUUUAACGGAGAAUCUGCUGUCCAGAAUGAGCUCCUCCCUCCAAGGACUGAGAACUGUUCUUCUCCAGGCUGGGCUGAAUGAGGCCUUGUUUUUGAGGCUGGGGAAGCUUGGGGGGAUAGAAUGGGAUUAGCACCCCCCCCCCCGUUCCUCCUAGUGCAAAGCCAGAGAAGCUGCAGGGCUGCCAGCAGCUUGGUGCUCCUUUCCCCUUGCCCAGAAGUGAGUGGGGCAUCUCCAGGGACUCCCAGGCAGCAGGGUUAGGGCCCCCUUGCUCUCCUGGAAGGCUCAGCCAUUGGAUUUCUUGUGCCACACCCGAUGCCCCCCCCAGUGAGUGCCAAGCAGCCCCCACCCUGGGGUCAUCGCAAAAAUAAGGCGGAGCAUCUGCUCUCUGAUGGUCUCUUCCUGGUACCGUUGAGAACAUUUGGCCUUAAAGUAUCACUUACACCUAAAGUCUUUGUAAAAUUAUGCAUACAAUUUUGCUACCCAAGAUUUUUAAAAAUACAGCACGCACAAAAAGCCACAGAAAAUCUAAAAGACAGCAACAACAAAAAUUCUGAAAUUUUGUGAGGCCCUAAAUUUAUUUGUUUUAUGCCUAAAUCUGGCACUGGGCAGUCCCCCCCCCAGGAAUCCCAGCCCAGGAGCCUCCGCCAUCCCCACCCCCUUUGCAUUUGCUUCCCCAUUCACGUGGGUGGGUCUUCCCUGCUUUCAGCUCUGCCUCUUCCAUGGAUAUGCAAGCCCUCCCGCUCUGUCCGCCCUUGAACCCAGGGCCACCCUCCUCUCCUCUCCUCUCUGGGAACCUGGACCUUUUAUACAGUACACACACAGGGGGGGGCAUUCCCCUCCUUGUGUUAAACUCUUUCAAUUGUUUUUUAAUUCACCAAAGUGACAAACGGAUUGAUUCAGUUUUUGGAAAAAGCCUGCUGAACAUAGUUCUUAUUUGCCAAACUCUAUUCCUGUUGCCAAAAAGAGGGAGGUUUAUAACGGGGGAGGGGGGAAAGGUCGUGUCUGGUCAUCUUUUCUUGCUAAUUCCUGCCACUCCCUUUUAUAACCAGCUCCUCUCCCUUGUGCCCUGGACUGACUGACUUGCUAGUACUGAACAUGUGAGGUUUCUGUUUUAAAAAAGUCAAUUGAUAAGUCAAAGAAUAAAACCUCACUUUUGCUGGAAA